UUUUUGUGUGCUUAUUUUCAGAAAAUUUGCUUCUAACUUUUUUUUUUUUUUUUUAUGUUUUGCUAAAUUUUGGGCCACGUAUUAAGUAGCUUGUUGCCUCCCCCCUGUGUUUCUGAAAGACAUCAAACCAAUUUGUUCAAGUUUCAAAGGGUUAAACAGCUUGCAGUAGACACUAGUGACUUAAGGAUUAAAAAAUGAUUGUAUGGGUUACAUAUUUUGUUAGUUACUUGAUGGAAUUUGAUGGGAAUAUUUUUGUUAAAGCACUGCAGAGCGGAUCAUUUUAAAAGCAUGAUUAUCCACGACAUUAAAUCUGAUGGCAAAAACACCAACAUAACUCCAUUGUUAAAACAACAAACUGCACAAGAUGGAAACAAAUUUGUACAGAUCACGAUCCAAACUUACAAUAACACCAAGAAAGUCCACGCUAGAAUAAAGAGAAGUCACAUUUUGUGUUUUCCCACACUAGUUUUUGGGUAACUGUGUUGCCAGUUAGUCUCCGCCCUCUGAGUGUGUGUGUGUAGUUGACCAAAAACUUGCAUGAUACGACUCGACUGUGUGUGAAUUUUGGCUCCUUUCUCCACCACAGUUGAAUACAAUCAGCAUCUUUCACGGCCUGAAUUUGAGCAGGUAUGGAUCUAUCAGAGAAAAGCUUGUUAUAAACAAAGUGUCAUGUAGGGUGAAUGUCGUGCUCGCAGUCUUCCCGCUAUUUUGUGGCUAGCUAACGUUAGCUAGCUGUUGUUGAUUAGUGGGAAGAGGACGCCUACCUUCGCAGAGCCAACUUCCACUGAAGCUAGGCUAACGCAGCUUCUCCCGGUGCUUUCUCGCCAUCUGGAAAACUUAAAUAACGUUAUUAUUAUUAUUAAUUAUUCCUAUUUUACGACAAACCCAGAUAUACCAGUUCUGUUAGCUUGGUUGCUAACAGCAGUGAAGAGGAGCCUGCUGAUCGCCGCCUCAAACACACACUUGGCUCUCUGCAGAGAACAGAAUGUCUAAAAGUGAAACAGAAGAGAUGAUAGAGAUCGAGAUCGAUGAACGGGAGAAACAGGCGUGCCUGGAGGAAGGAGUUGAGGAGCAGACCAUCACGGCAUCAGAUUUGAUUCAACAAGAUAUUGACAUCAACGAGCCUAUUGGCAAUUUGAAGAAGCUCUUGGAGCCUCGUAUCCAAAUUUCACUGGAUCCAUAUGAGAUCUGCUUGCAGGACAUUCAGCUUCACCCUGACCACAGCCUCUUCGAUCAGGGAGUGAAGACAGACGGCACCGUGCAGCUCAGCCUGCAGAUUAUUACCAAACCAGGUGAGGAGAAGUUGAACAUUUUGGAAAUUGUGAAGCCGGUAGAAACAGUCGAGGUGGUGAUUGAUCCAGAUGCAGCCGGAGAGGAAGGAGCUCUGGUGGAGGAGGGUCAGCUCAUCGCUGUGGAGCGAUCUGGCCUCUCUGAUGAGACCUCGGAGCAGGUCACACGCUGGGCAGCAGCACUCGAAGGCUACCGCAAAGAGCAGGUUCGCCUGGGCAUACCUUACGAUCCGGUGCUCUGGUCAGCUGACCAGGUGAUCCACUGGGCCGUGUGGGUGAUGAAGGAGUUUAACAUCGAUGAGAUGGAAAUUGGCAGCAUUCACAUCCCAGGCCGAGAUCUCUGUGGAUUCAGCCAGGAGGAGUUUCUUCAGAAAGUUCCCAAUGGAGAGAUACUCUGGAGUCACCUGGAGCUCCUGCGCAAAUAUGUGUUGGCGAGUCAGGACCAGUCUGGAGGCGACGCUACUGUCACCAUCGACCAACCUGUGCAGAUAAUUCCCGCUCAAGUGAGCACACCCACUGCCAUAAAGGUAUUGAAACAGAGCCGUGGCCCUAGAGCUCCCCGAAUUUCAGGAGGAGAGGAACGCAGCUCGCCUGGCAACCGCACAGGUAACAACGGUCAGAUCCAGUUGUGGCAGUUCCUGCUGGAGCUGCUGACAGACAAGGACGCACGUGACUGCAUCUCCUGGGUGGGCGAGGAUGGAGAGUUCAAACUCAACCAGCCAGAGCUUGUAGCACAGAAAUGGGGCCAACGCAAGAACAAGCCAACGAUGAACUAUGAGAAACUCAGCAGAGCCCUCAGGUAUUACUACGACGGGGACAUGAUUAGCAAGGUGCAGGGCAAGCGUUUCGUCUACAAGUUUGUGUGCGACCUGAGAACUCUGAUCGGCUACAGCGCCGCUGAGCUCAACAACCUGGUGACCGAGUGUGAACAGAAGAAACUGGCCCGCAUGCAGAUGCACGGGAUCGGUCAGCCCAUCACCACAGUGACGCUGGCCACCACGACACUAGACAAAGACAGUUGAAGGAGGACGCAUCAGAGCGCACUCCAGCUGCCAAAGUUUGUUCUCCACCGCUGAUUGGAAAUCAACUCUCUUCUUCGACACGGCUGUGUUUAUCAGGCACAGAAAUGCAAAGCUGAUCCCUGAUCAGUGCGGAUUAACAACUUUGUUAUUGUCUUUACAGUUUGAAGUUAUACUGAGGCAGGAAGAAGUUUUAUCUUUUCUUUAACUCUAACCAAGAGAAGUGUGUUCAGGAUGAGGAGAUGGAUGUGUGUGAUGACUAAGAAGUGCUCUGUGUGUGUGUGUGUGUGUGAGUGAGAGUGAGAGAGACUGAAUGUAUGAGUGUGUGACUGAGUGAUGAGCUUUGUGUACUGCGUUCCUUGUCUGUAGUUUAGGAUCAUUUCCACUGUAUAUACCGGUACUUCAUGUUUUUGAUAGCCACAAGGACAAGUGUAUUUUCAUAUUUUCCAUUUAUAGAGGACCUGUUUUGUAUUUUAUUUAGUGUUUGUUCCCUAAAUUGUUGGACCCUUUUUUGUCCACUAGAGGGAAUAAAGUGGCAAGCAUUUUUCUUAA